AGUAAAAAGUUAUGGUCACGUACUAUUUGGGAUAAAGGUCGCAGAUGUGUCAGGGUUUUAAAUCCGCCAGGGUUGAAUUUAUUGCAACAGCAAACUAUCGGUCGGUUCGUUUGUUCCUGACAGUGGUGGAUUGUUGAACCAGCAUCAUGGCACUUCUCCGAGGUGUGUUUGUUGUAGGUGCCAAGCGCACUCCUUUUGGUACCUAUGGUGGUGUGCUGAAGGAUCACAGUGCAACGGAUUUGGCUGAACAUGCGGCCAAAGCUGCCCUCGCUGCAGGCGGUGUGGCCCCAGAGCUUGUAAACAGUGUCAUCAUGGGAAAUGUCAUGCAGAGCUCAGCUGAUGCACCCUACAUUGCUCGUCAUGUGGGUCUGAGGUGUGGCGUUCCCAUCCCAGUGCCUGCACUCACUGUGAACAGACUGUGUGGAUCUGGUUUCCAGUCCAUCAUCAGUGGUGCUCAAGAGAUUUGUCUCAGGGAGUCCGAGGUGGUCCUGUGUGGAGGUUCAGAGAGUAUGAGCCAGGCCCCGUACGCUGUUCGCAAUGUUCGAUUUGGAACAAAGUUUGGAGCCGAUCUUAAGCUAGAGGAUACUCUGUGGGCCGGUCUAACCGACCUGCACGUCAAAAUCCCGAUGGGCAUCACAGCAGAAAACCUGGCCGAGAAAUACCAGAUCACACGUGAAGACUGUGACAACUACGCGCACCAGACGCAACAAAGGUGGAAGGCAGCUCACGAGGCUGGUUACUACACAGCAGAAAUCGCUCCCGUUGAUGUGAAAGCUAAGAAGGGCAAAGUGUCCAUGGCUCAGGAUGAACAUCCUCGUCCUCAGACCACAUUGGAGCAGAUGGCCAAACUGCCUACUGUCUUUAAGAAGGGAGGAACUGUUACUGCCGGUAAUGCUUCGGGUGUAUGUGACGGUGCUGCUGCCGUGGUGAUUGCAAGCGAGGAUGCGGUGAAAGAACACAAACUCACUCCGCUGGCCAGAGUCGUUGCCUAUCAUGUGUCAGGCUGUGACCCGAGCAUUAUGGGAAUUGGUCCUGUCCCAGCAAUCACAGAAGCUCUUAAAAAAGCCGGUCUGACUCUCAAAGACAUGGAUCUUGUGGAGGUGAAUGAGGCCUUUGCCCCUCAGUAUCUGUCUGUUGCCAAGGCUCUAGGACUCAACCCAGAGAAGAGCAACGUAAACGGUGGAGCUAUUGCCAUCGGACAUCCUCUCGGGGCUUCUGGAGCACGCAUCACUGCUCACCUGGUGCAUGAGCUCAGGCGACGAGGAGGCAAGUACGCUGUCGGUUCCGCCUGCAUCGGUGGCGGUCAGGGCAUCGCCAUCAUCCUCGAAAAAUGCUGAUUGAAGAAGCUGCCAGAUCAGAAGAGUUCCUGGAGAAGAAUGAGCUGCACAUGAAAUACAGUCGAUUCAUCCUAAAUCAGAUUUUUUUUUUUCACAUAAACUAUAGGAAAUGCUCUUGUAACAUAAGGCACUGCUGCUCAGGUUUUCACCUUUUUCCUGCUUUUUGCUUCGACUUUCACUCCAAUUCUACAAAAAUGUACAAUAAACAUUCAGCCCAGUGUUGCCUUGGGAGCCUUGUGAAGUUAAAAAGCUAACGGGCUGACACUUCUGUGCUCUUUUAACAAAUGUACAAAAGUCUGUUUAUUUAUGUGCCUAAUCCAGUGCUCGAUUCUUGGUCACGUUAAUGUGUGGUAUGUGAUUAAAAUACAGUUUAAAUUGGCUUGGAGUAAGGUUUGAUAUAACUGUGAUGUCUGCCUUAAAAUGAUAUCGCUCCGUUAUCACAAUUUUGUGUAGCCAGGAAAUAUGGUGUGGUGGCUCCACUAACAACCAGUUUUGUACUUAAUAAAAUCUUCAAAAAGAGAAA